GAUUUAAAAUACAAGGUGGUGAAGUAUACAGCAGACCUGUCAGUAAAGGACGUAGACAAAACGAUUAAGGCUGCCAUGGACUUGUGGGCAAAGGUAACUCCGCUAACCUUCACCAAAGUGACGAGUGGACCAGCCGAUAUAGAUAUUUUCUUCGAUAAAGAAGGAGAUAAAGGAUACUCCUUUGAUGGAAGAGGAGGGGAGCUUGCGUUCGCGUACUUCCCUGGAAAUAAUGCAGGUACGUUUCUUGAAAAUAUAUUCCGUCUCCAUGUACGAUGUAGAGUGAGAACUCGGGAACCUCUAUUCACGGGACGCCUGGAUCCAUUCAGAAUACACACAAGUUGGUCCUGGAAAAUGUUCAUAUAAUCUUUGUAUUUGUUUCUUGCAUCGAAGGGACACAUCUAUUCAUGGGAAAGGGACACUGUCCGGGUCCUGAAACCUAGGUUUAACCUCCGCUCAGUGGACACCUUAGCACUCCAAAACACGCACUCACGAAAGCACUCCCAAAAAGCCCCAGCAAACACAAAAAUCGUUCAUAAGUUUAAGUGUGCCAGGCUAGUCACAAUGACACCCAGGUUCACAACAUGAACUAUCUCACUUAAAUCGAUGUACUGUGGGUAUUCAAUACAAAAUUACGCAGAAACUAGCUGCUUGAAAGAAUGACAUUUAAGAGUCUUCAUAGCAAUAACGUCACAAGGGCUUAACUGACAGACGACCAAUAACAUCACGACUUAGCUGGCCAAUCAUGUCAAUAACCAAAGUUUAAUACCAACAUCUGACGUGAUACAACUCACUUUGACUCAGUGAAGAUGACUACCACACAGGUUGUCGAAACGUCAGUCACUGUCAACAACAACAGUCCUAUUCAAAACUACGAUCACCCGGUCGAUCAUGUUUCACCUUCAAUAUUUUUUCUGUUGUUGUUUUUGUUUUUCUGGCCUACAACAGGACUUUUUGGGGAUGUUCAUUUUGACGAUGAAGAACAAUUUACCACCAACAAUAAAGGAGGAGGAGUGGAUCUUUUUUGGCUGGCGCUUCAUGAACUGGGGCACAGUCUGGGUCUUGAUCAUUCUUCAAAUAAGGACGCCAUCAUGUAUCCGAUUUACCGUGGUAGUCGUCCGGGACUUCAACUUCAUCGCGAUGACAUUAUGGGAAUUCAGCAGCUCUAUAGUGAGUUAAAGAAAAUAGUCUUUACUUUACUUUAUUGAAAUUCGCCACGGUGACUCAACGCGGUGACUGUAGAUGAAACAGGACAUGCGUCCCAUUUGAUACCAACCUCUUCUUUACCCACCCAGCCCAUGGAAGGUUGUGCCACACCACCUACUACUACCCUUCACCCACCCCACUUUGUGAGAAACAUCCUUUUCUAUUUUUUCCGCAAAAAAAACUAAGACAUGAUUGAAUAAAAUCUACUCUAAAAUCUUAAAAUCCACUGUCUUUGAAUGACGAUAUCUCAGAGUCCACAUUUCACCCGAAAAAAUCCACCAUUUGAAAGCUCACUUUUGUUUUAGUGUCUUUGCGUCAAGACAUUUUUGUCAGAAUUUCUUGUAUAGGCCUAUUUUGUUUACGGCGUAUUAGCUCCGUAUUAGCUACGCCGCAGUCAUUUCAUACCAGGGAUCGGAAUUCUCCCGAGAUGUUUCGUUAAUGAUGCCAGGAGCCCAUGACUUAUGAGCUCCUGUUUGAACCAAAAAAAGAUUAUGCAGGUGCACAAAAAAUGAUGGUGAUUAUAAUGACUGAUCCGCAAAAUGAUCUUUGAAUAACAAGAGAGAGAGAGGGAGAGAGAGAGAGAGAGAGAGAGAGAGAGAGAGAGAGAUCACUUUCAAUGUUUCCAAGUUUCUAACGAAAUCAUAUUAGUCUUUCUAGAUUUUUUUUUAGGUUUUUUACUUCUUUUCUAACUGUCUUAGCCAAAGACAAUUAACAGUAAUCCGUAUCAUUUAUUUUUAAGAACCCCUUACCUUUCAUAUACCUGAAGCCUGUGAAAGGUACCCGACCCCCUUACGGGCGGAGUUCCCCCCUUUUAGGCCAUUACAGGGAGUACACCCCCCGGACUAUUAGUUCAUCUAACCUGUUAUAAACCUGACGUUGAGUGGCCUAUUUUUUUUUCUUCAUUUAUUUUUUCCACUUUUGACACGUUUCUUUUUUCUUCCAAUCCGCCAUCAGGACAGUCAACAAUUACUAAAGUUACAACAACACCUCAAGUGCACACGACGCGGCAGUUUGUCCCAGGAAAACCAGAUCCAUGUGACAGCACUCUUGAUGCCAUGGUAAUGACCGCUGAUGAGACUACCUACGCGUUUAAGGGCGCAUAUUUUUGGCCAGUUGGCGACUAUGGUGUUUUUACGGAAGCGCUGAAGAUAUCCGAGUUCUGGGAAGGUCUAGAGAGUGAUAUUGAUCUUACACGAGACAGUAUGACGGGCUUACCUUCAUAUUUAAAGGAUCAAAGUGAGUAACUGUUUUUCUUUUUUAUCUGACUCUUUCCUCGGGGCUCUCUCAAACCCGAUUAGAUUAUGACAAAGGAAUAACGAUUCAUACUUUGUCGAUGCGUGGAUUGUGUUUGGCGGCCAUUAAUAAUUGUGUGGUUGGUAGGUGCGAGGUCAGGGGGCCUGUUUCUCGAAAGGCUCUGUAACUUUUCGGACCAGAAGGCAAAUUUUAAAAUUAAAACCUGUUAAAUAGUAGCACAGGUCCAAGUUCACAAACCUGUCAAUUUUGAUUCGUUAACUGAUGGUUUCAUUGUAUCAUUUUCAAAAUUAUAGGAACUUUGAUGAUGAAUGCAAACACGUUUAACAUAAGCUUUCCAGGCCCGAAAAGUUACCGAGACUUUCAAAAAACGGGCCCCUCAUGAGAACCGAUAAAACGUCGGAGCUGCUCGGAUCACCAGUUAUAAUAUGGCUCAAAUCUUACGUAAUCUUAUUUUUAAAAGAUCCAUGGCCAGUGCAGAAAAACAACCUUUUCCAAUUUCGAAACAGACGUUUUCUGGUUUUCGUUUUCGCGUGCUGGUUAGAGCUCACGUAUAAGAUUAGAAAAGUUUCCAUUUCGCUUCGGCUUUGACCACUCAGUUGAAAUAAUGGACGGAGUGAAUUUCUUUGCGUUUAGGACGGUUUUAAACUAGACACUCACUUUAGUUACAUUGCAUUGCUUUCUUUCUACACUGUGAUUGGUUGACAGAUUUCGCGCCAUUAUCCAACUCAAUGUAAUUGCCAAAUGUCAGCUUGCGUUUUCCCGCGUUUUAGCCCAGCUGAAUGUUUCAUUGGAUAGUAAAAACCCUUGAAUAUACAGGCUCAUUCAACGCUUAAUAAAACCGAUUGGUUCCUUCUUGCAAGGUCUCUAAUGUAGAGAUGCUAGAGCCAGAUCUCACUUGAAGUGGGAAUUAAAACGAAACUGAAUGAAAGGCUGGCAAAAUACAGCAAAGGGCUGAUUUAAUUGACGCCAAUAUUUCGGCUAACAAAAUUAGUCUUCCUCAGGGCCAGAGCUGCACUGAACGGCUCUGGCCCUGAGGAAGGCUAAAAUUGUUAGCCGAAAAUAGACCCUGUCACGGUUUUCGACGCCAUCUUGACGAGUAGGCAAACGCGUGAGAAAUUACAGUGUUUGUACGAGAAUCUAAUAGAGAGAUUAAGAUUCACGUUUGCCGCAAACGGCAAACGUCAGACUCAAGUUUAGAAUUUCUCAGAUAAGAAAAUAAGAAGAUAAAAACAGUCCCGAACGAUUCUUAUGGCUAAAACUGGCAUAAAACUUCUUAUUUUUGUGUAGAAGCAAUAAAGAGUAAACGGAAAAUAAGGGGAAAACUUGGUCACGUGGUACAAAUUCACGUCUGCCGUUUGGCGUAAACAUGAAUCUUAAUCUCUCUAAUGUCGAAUAAUUUGCGCCUGUUCUGAGGCUUGCUUUAGAUUUUCCAUACAUUUGUCUGUAAUUUUCCCGGGACUUUCUUACAGACAAAUGUAUAGAAAAUUUUAAAAAGUGGUUCUAGGUCUUCUAGUGCAUGUAACGCCCUCAAAUUUUUUCAGGAGAAUUCUAAGGAGUGAAGCUUUAGUUUACAAAUCUUUUUUUUUUUUUUUUCAGAAAAGCCGUUCGACGGAAAUUAUUCCACAUUAGAUUCUCAUACAAACAUUGUAAUUUCUCACGCGUUUGCCUACUCGUCAAGAUGGCGUCGAAAACUGUGACAAGGUUUAUAGGAGCCCAUGAAUUCCACAAAUAAAUCAGCCCUUUGCGGUAUUGCCAUCCUUGCAUUCAGAUUUUUUUUCAUUGGAUAGCUCGCGUAUGCUAUGGUUGCUUUAGAAUGGGGUUCCUUAAUCGCAAAAAUUCUUUUUCUUUGUAGGUACUGGACGUACAAAAACAUGAAUCUAGCGAAAGGGGCAUCAAACGUUACAGAUCUAAACCUACCCAGCGCAGUCCAUAACAUGGAUGCGGCAGUUGAGAGGGGAGCUGACGGACACUUAUAUAUCUUCAAGGGCGACAAGUUUUGGCGUUACGAUGGUUAUAAGAAAAGCGUUGAUCCUGGUUACCCCAAGCUUAUUCGGUCUGUACUUCCGGGUUUACAGAAAAACAUACACGCUGCUCUUCAGUGGAAAAAUGGCAAGACGUUCUUUUUCAAGGGGGAACAAUAUUACGUACUAGAUGACUCGUCCUGGCGCAUUCGGCAAGGUUUUCCAAAAUCGAUCUCAACCUACUGGAUGGGUUGCUCACCAGAGGGAUUAGCGUCGGGAAGAAUUUUACCACAUGGCUCGGUAAGAAAGAAGAAGCAGCAGAUUCCCGCAAAAAACAAUGGUGUCCAAAAGAUUAAAGGUGGAUUUGUAAUGAUAACGAUUUUGUACCUACUCAGUCAGUAUUUGUAGAUUAAUUAACAAAUCGAAAACAAUUUUCCAUGGUCUGUACUCUAAUCGACCAUAAAAAUGAUGUUAAAAAAAUUGUUGUCGAUUUGUGCUAGGCCUGGAUACAAAAUACCGAAAAAUGUCCUAAAAAUCUAUCUGGAAAUUCUCCAAAAAUGCCUAUAAAUCCCAAUUUUGCCUCUAAAAAUCUGGAAAUUUAUUCUAAAAAUCCCGAUUUACCAC